GGUAUUACGAUUGAUUCAAAAAUACCUUUAAAUAAAAGUUUACAGAUUACUUUAGAUUAGUUGUUUUUAGUCCUUCUUUUUAGUAGGAUACUAAAACAUUUAGCUACUCAAUGAAGAUUUCUGUAGCGAAGAGAACCUAAGGUUACAGAAAAAAUUCCCCUCGGCGGUUUUUAAGGCGCACUGAAGUUUAUCCUUUUCCAUAUUUUGUCUAUCUUGACAAUUCAUAAUGAGGAUUAAAUGAACAAUGCAAUGCCAUUUAACGCAAGCACUUUGUGUACUAUCAUGAAAAAUAAAUCAACAGCCAUACAGUGCAUAGUAGCUUCUUACAUUACAUUCAAAAAGCUACAACCCUAUCUUAAAAAACAGUUAUCAUCACGGAAAAAAAAUUACUUAGCGGACCCAUUGCAGGUAGCUAGUUUUUAUGCAUUUAUGAAGAAAUGUCUUCACUGCAUGAAUAACCCUAGUGUAAUGACAUACCAAUGAAUCAUCUGUGUUUCAUUAAAGUUUAUGUUUAUUUAUGUAUUUUUCUAAAUGCUCCUUAGCUCUGGGAGGCAUCGAAGAUCGUAUGUCAUCGUCACUUUACUCAACUCAGAUACAUACCAUUUCAAUGGCUUUUAUAUACCUAAACGCGAUGGCAUUCUUAUUGUUAUCAAAUAAAAUACAGGUUUGCUGGGGUUUUGAGUAUACUGGCACUUUUGAAAUUUUCCUUCUUUCUUUAUGAUUCACCUUCACUGCUUGCAUUUGUAGUUGACGGAACUUUAACUUGGUUCGGUAUGAAAUACACCCCAGCUCGCGAGAUGCAAUCUAAUACGAAUACAGUCCUGCGAAGUAAAAAGGUUAUUUUUGAACUUUUAAUUUCCGCCGCGUGCAGCGCACUUUCAGUAAUCCACUUCGAAGAAAACUUUGAUAGCUUACUUAAUAUUAACGCAAGAAAACAAACAGCGUGGUCUAAGGACAUGUAAAAGAGGAAAAAGGCGGACAAACUAUCCUUCUUUUCUAUUUCUUAUUUAGGAAUUUCUUACAUGUUCUGAACAGAGACUGCAGGGUUUGUCAGCGAGAGAAAAGUAAAGGCUUUACCUUAAUAACAUCGGUCUUGAUGUAGCGCUAUAGAGUACGUCCAGUAAGAGACCUCUACAUAUGUUAGCAGGAAGAAUUGUAGAUCGGACAAAAAAACCGAAUACAUUAAAAUGUUUUUAUAAAUGCAAUUUUCGGAAGUCCUGGUUUUAUUUUCAAAUGAUACUGUUAAGAUAUAGAAUAAAUGUGUUUAAAAAGUUUCCAAACACACGCUCUUACCUUUUAAUAGGAUUCUAAAAAAUGGACUGAAUAGUUUUAUUAUUUUUUACUCUCUCCAAUAGGGAGUUUACCAAGUCUGCGGAAUAAGUUAUAUAUUUAUUUCAUAUAUUAUUUUGUUUGAUCACCCCAUUGGGAUAUUAUCCACUAAUUAUUUCACGGGAUCAUCAAAAAAUGAAUACUGAUAAUGGCAAUAUAUAGAUAUCACGUAUCUUCAAUUGUGAUUUUAUUUUUAUUUCUUGAAGAGCUAUAAAAAGGGCUCAAAAAGCAUAUUCAAAGGAGGCAAAUUGCAACAUAGAUUACCAUAGACUCUGAUGUCGUUUCAAACGAUAGAUCAUGACGAACCACUGCCAUCGUCAUUACAGCUCUCCUUUCCGUUGAACGAUCCUGUUAGCAUUUUGUCUCUCUCAACGUGUGCAGCUCAAAAGAAAUAUAAAAACUGUACCAGAUCAUCAGCUUUUGAUGAUUUUGAAUCGAAAAAAAAUUGUAAAGUAGUAAGUUCCAUCAAGCAUUUUUUACCAGAGCCUCAAGUGCAGAGGACGAAAAAGCAUGCCCAUCUUCCUGAAAGGCACCCGCUCAGUCCAUUUGAGAUAGUAUGGCCUGAUCAUCGUACUGUGAACGGCUCUGCAGGAAAAGAGAGUGGAACAGCAACGUCAUCAAAAGGAAUUACUCAAGCAAAUGUCCAGAAGCAAUCUACUGAACGCCAAGUUGCUUCGAAGCCCGAUUUGGUGUACAAUAAAAAUGAUUAUCUUUUCACGUCAAAUGAGAAGGAAGCCGAUGUAGUAGAUAUCGACUCUAAAUUGUCUUGUUCUAAACACAUACCUACCUUCAAAGGACAUGCGUCUAAAGGUAAUUUUUAUCAGGAUGGCAACAAAAUCCAUACGAAGAAUGAAGGAUGUUGUCGCGGUGAUUGCUACCAGCAUAAAUUUUCGCAUAGAAUGACUAAAAAAAAUGAUGUGCAGUGUGCAGAUCAACCUCAAAGUUUCCCCACUAAAAGUAGUGUAAGACGCGCACUUCUGGCCUCGCCCGAAAAUGAGACUAUAACAGCCAGAGAAGAAAACAAUGAGUUGUUGAGCUCGUUGAAUGAUAAUGAGGCGAAACAAACGCACCCUGUAGGUAUCCCCAAUAGUGUGUUGAGCGAUCUGGUUCAGAGCCUACACGAGAUGGAUUUCCUCGGGGGAAAAGUUAAAAAUACUUCAGUGAACACAAACAACUGUCUUUCUCGUGAACACAUCUGCACCUCUCCUUUUCUCCAAUCAGAAGCCGGUGCUUCUGUGAUUUUACCUUCACGUGGGAUAAACGACCGGCGUCCUGAGUCUCCCCAGGACUUUGCGUCGGUCGCUUCUCUGUCUUUUAUUGACAUUAAAUGCGAUCCUGGGGUUAGGCGACCCAACGCAUCUUUACCAUUUGAGCACCAACGGUGCCCCAAGAACGCAGAGGGGAGACCCAAAGAGGACAGUCUGAAAAAAGCGGCCCUGCGUUCUCGAUUCAUAACCCUGUGUUCAUGCUACUGGAGCCAUUUCCCCGAGUUGGGGAUGCCUAUCAAUCCAGCUUCACACGCACCGAAGUGUCCAUGUUAUGACAAGCAAUCCGAGUAUGAGUCUGCAGUCAUGUCUUCGGAAGAAGCCUACGAAAACAGUCUCACGGCGGGCCUGACACGCUCUCUGUCGUCGUCGUUAAAUGAGAAGAGCGAUUUGGGAAGAAGUCAUGAGAAGAAACCUCAUGAGUGCUGCACGGAAGGGGAUAAACACAAAGCCAUUAUCGCUUCCACAGGUGGAUGCCGAACAGAGAGGGAGGUCGGCACAAAAACUAAGGAGAUUCAAAUGCGGAAGCAGAUCACGGCAAGUGCUGCGGGUAGCAUUUCUCGUUCUGUGAUUUUCGGAGCAGCAAAGCGUUCUACCCUAUUUGAUGAAAUUAUAAGAGAAAGAAGUAUGAGUUGCGGUAGCAAUAACAGCGCGCGUCAUUCAUUUUCGUCUACACCUCUGCAUUCAUCAUGUCGGAGUUCUCGAGUUUCCAGUAGGGCUUUGCAAAAAGAAGAUCAAUCUCCUAGAAGAUCUCGAAGUACCAACGAAAUCACAAUGACUCCUCCCUUUUCAGCCCUAGAGACCGGUAAAACUAAUCCUCCAAUGUAUUUAACUGUGGUUGACAAUGAAUCGUCGGCAACCGUUGCACAGGGUAAGGAAAACACCACAAAUACUCACCAAAACUCACCGAAUUUAUCCAAACCCUUUCAUGAGUCUUCCCGUACUUGGACUGUUGACACACUUACCGGGAAAAAAAAAGAGACGGCCAUGGAUUCAGUGGAACAGAAUCAUUUGCGCAGCCAUAGUUCUCGUACCCCUCAACAUCGGCGCUUGAAAUCACCAGGACCUGGCGCUUACGAUAUUCUGUCGGCCUACGCGCGCAGCUCUGCAAAUCUCAAGCCGAGACAGGGCAGCUUUGGGAAAGCCCCACGACGAACUCUAGAAACGGUAAGGACAAAGACUGAAACUCCCGGGCCAGGCACAUAUGAUAUUCUUUCAUCGUCUGUAAUACCUCUUGUGCACGAGUUUAGCAACUGUGAAGAAGGGAAGGCAACACUAGAAGCGAAGCAAAGGUCAGCUUCACCUUUCAUUCCAAAAAGCUCACAGUCUAUACGCUACAAGUCUCACACAUGCAUACCGCAAGUAGGCACUAGCGGCAGGGACGUAACACCCGGCCCAGGCCAGUACUCGCCUGAGAGGGCGGAACGCAAUGAGGCUCGUCAUACCACUUCUCCUGCGUACUCUUUUGGGAAGCUUUCCCACUUCGCUUCACCAUCUCCAUCGGAGGCGCCGGCAUCAGGACGCAGGACUCAGGGAUUUGCCACCACCCCAAAUACCACACUAACCGCUCCUCAAGGCCCGAAAAAAGGCGGCGUACCCGGUCCAGCAGAUUAUGACGUACGAACGGGUAAUGAAAUCGGUGCAUCAGGGCGGAGUGCUAUAUUGGGAACCAAAACUUCUAGAGGUACGUCUCCAUCGCAUGUCAACAGUGCGCUAGUGGGCAGUAUGGUCAGGACCAAUAGAGAAGGCGAAGCUCCGGGUCCAGGAAGUUAUGCACUUGAUGGAGCAGACCGAUGGGUGCGCCCUAAGACCCCGAGCUACAGUUUCUCUGGACUUUCAAGGGGAACAUCACCAUUACCGUGGGAUAUUAUGACGUCUUCCAUAGCAGAGCAAGACUUGUGUUCAUCGCGAUGGACUUGCGCCUCUUUGCCUUUCCCAGGUCCAAAUCACUACGACACAAUUGGUGGGUACUUUAUGUCAUCACAGUACAGAAACUCACCACAGUGGACCAUUCGGUCACAACGCUUCAACGAUGCUCAUCAGAGAUUACUGAACAACCCUAAAACUCCCUCCGGCGACAGCAGUCUUGUACAUGUGAUUACCAGGGGAACUAAGUUUCCCUAUAGCGCCUGUGAUCCAGUAACCCCUGGGCCCGGCGAGUAUGUACCACUUUACACAAUCCAGCAGCGGUCUUCUAAGCAAUACAGCUUUGGCGCCGCCCCGCGUUUCGUUAGACCAACCCCCCCUCCCUGCAACGCGUCUGGCGACGCUGACCCAGACCAGCGCAGUGAGGGACGCUUUGGGACCGGCGUCCCGGGGCCUGGCAAUUAUGCUCUGAAUACCACCGUUAAACACACUGGUGGCUUCAUCGCUAAGACGCCAAGACCCAAUAUUUUUGGCCAGGUUGCCGAAAGGUCAAUGAACUUGCCAGGACCGGGUACCUACGAACUUGACUCGGUUGUGACAAUGGCAAAUCGUCCAAGCGCUGUUAUUGGCAGUACCGCACGUCAGGGGGUCUUUACUUUGGAUACCGACCACACCAGUCAUCGCGGGGAGUGCCUUCCUGGGCCUGGUUCGUACGAACUACCGGAGCUAUCACUAGUGGGUCCGGUUUGCCCUUUUUCCAACUCGGAACGGUUUUUAUCAGCAACAAAGUGUGAUGGUUCUAGAGCAGAUUAUUUUAAUUUUCCAGGCCCCGAUGCGUAUCACGUGCCACUGCCUUCAUCACAAGCAACUACUUUUAUUGGUCCUUCAUUGAGUAGAGCUCAAAGAUUCAACCAAGACUUAUUGGAUGAAAAAUAUAAAGGCUCUAUUCCAGGAGCAGGAACUUAUGAUGUGAUGUAUGGCAAGUUUUCGGACUUGAAGGACGCUGGUGCUUCGAAUCGUGGAGUCGUAUUUGGCACUGCAACUCAACGAGAUGAAAUAGGCAACGGUGGGGAUAGUGGAUGCGCUGGGCCAGGAACGUACGAUCCAAGCGUUUUUCCCACUAUUCCAACAUAUCCGCGGACAACCUUUUCACAAACAUCGCGCGACUUAGUUAACCAGGAACAUUACGUCAACACCAGCGGCACCGAUAGCAAAGUAGGUCCAGGGACAUAUAGUCCUAUUUUUGUCGACGUCAACACACACCAACGGAGUGCUGUGAUAGGUACUGCACCACGCGAAACUAACGAACAAGCGUACAAAAACGGAGAAGUACCCCAAGCCACCACACCAGGCCCAGGAUCCUAUGAGGUAUGUAUGACACGUGAUGGAGAUCACAUCUUGUAUUAUCCAUCCGAGGCUGAUACGCUUCGGCAUAUUCGUGGUCCUGUCACUUUUGGCACUGCACCCAGUUCGCGUAAUGCAUUAGAGGGAGCUUCAGACGGGAAUUACACUAACAGUGGACCAGGGCCCGGUGCGUACUCUCCGACUGGGAAUUCUGCCUUUGGUAGCGAUAGACCUGGUGGCUUGAUAGGGUCUCAAAAGCGCUUUGCGGAGGAUUGUAAUAUUUAUACUGAGGAUGGAAGGAUUCUGAUGGGCAGGGAGCCUUUAAAAGGCCCUGGGCCAUGUUAUUAUCAACCCAGCUAUGCACAAGUAGAGACACGCACACCGGCUUUCGGGUUCGGUGCUGUUAGCGCUCACGAUAAAAGCUCCAUUGGAAGAAGUGUAUUCAAUGGCCCAGAUGAUAUCCCAGGGCCUGGCGAGUAUGACAUCGGUGCAGGUAUGCAGCAUUCUGGGCAACCGGUUCAUAGUUUUUCUACUUCCAUACGCCUCCCUGAGGAUGGCGAAAGGGGUACACACUCUAAUGGUAGCUUAGCUCACAAUGAGGCUGUAGGACCGGGCUCUUACGAUGUGAGUUCUGACGCACUUCGCCUCACAAUGCGCACUGCGCCAGUUUAUAGCUUUUCCUCAGCCUCUAGGGUCCAAGACGCAGUCUGCACAUCUGAGCUUGUAACGGGAGGAGAAAAAGGUAUUUAUAAGAGUUCAAUGGUUUCGACGGAAGUGGAACCCGGACCGGGUGACUAUCAAACAACCGAUAACAUUUACUUGACACACCAAUCCUUGCCAGUGUAUACGUUUGGCACUGCUAAUCGGUUUCAUUCUUCACCCGAGAUGGAUGGGGACUCUUUAGAUCCCACGCAUGGAGAUGGUAGAAAGAGGGAUGGAAGCUUGGGGCAGUCUUUGGGACCUGGUUCGUAUUCCAUUCCACCCGCAUUUCCAUGUGGUCCGCAGCAUCGCUUUGGUACGGCGCCAACCCACCGCGGGAUCACAUUGGGGUUGCCAUCGGCAGACAAUGCUUUUCAGAACGAUACUCACAAAGGCGGAGUAACAAUGGACCGAUUGUCCGGGUCUCCGGGGCCGGGAAGUUAUGACGUACCCACGCAGUCUCGAGGACCCGCCAUAACGAUAGGUUCCAAUGAUGCGCGAAAGCUCUGGGUGGAUCACAGAGAACAGGUGUCAAUUCCAGGCCCAGGAGCCUAUGAUGUUGCUGCUAGCAUCCAAGCCAGCUCUGCCCCCACGCUUGGCAAAGCUCUGCGGUUCAACGCGGAAGCGAAUGUUCAUAAAAAAGGUGAAAACGAGGAGGUUGGCGGCACUUCUAUGUAUCAGACGCCUGGCCCUGGAGCUUAUUCGCCAAAGGAGUCAUCGAUUGGAGGAAUUGGUACAGGGCCAUCGUCCGCCUUUUCGAAAGCUGAACGUGAAAUUACCACUGAAAUUCACCAACCACCUGGUUCAGUGUUAACUAGUGAACCACCACCUGGACCUGGGCACUACAUUCUGCAGGAUUACUUUCCCCUUGAAUCUGCCACGAAGGGUGGCGUCGCAAUGAGGUAUACUGCCGCUCGAUUAGGAUCCGAAAAGGAGACAAAAGGAACUGAUUCUACACCAGGUCCCGGAUAUUACGAUGCUUCUGAAGAGAGGAAGGGAACAAUCUCCAUAGAAGAGGCGGGCCCUUCCUUUCCCUUGUCUGAACGCUUUCCACGUGAACUCCAGAAAGGAAACACUAAAAACGAAGUACAAGAUGGUCCUGGCUGGUAUGAUAUACCUCUGAAGGAUCAGGCGCCGGCCUGCUCCUUCAGCAAAGCCACGCGUUUCCAAGAAGUGAAAAAUCAUGGACCAGGCAUUGAGAUUGGUGGUCAUUCAGGGGCAGUUUCAGGCCCGAAUUUUCCUGGGCCUGGGUCUUACGAUGUUGAAGAGGCGUCAAAAGCAAUAUCAAAGCGCGAGCCCGCAUUCAGUAUGAUUCCACGUCGCGGCGAGGAUGCUGCUCCUGGUUCUUGGGAUACUAACCUCACAGAAAAAAAGACUUCGCUUCCGGGCCCCGGACACUAUGAUGUACUAAAUUAUCGUGCUAUAGGGGAUCCGAGAAGCCGUUCAACUGCUUUAUAUGGACGGUAUGAGAGCAGCAUAGUUGAGACUCCUGGCCCGGGCUUUUACGAUGUGAAGCAAAAGAUCAUUGGUAAGGAUGCUUCUGCAUUUAGCAUCACAGGUAGAGCGGCGGCCCGGGGGUUGGAGCUGCGCAGUGGCUCUCCCGGACCCGGAAGCUAUGAUGAAGGAAGUGCUCUGGCUCACCUGCACGGGAGGGGGCCAGCCUUCUCCAUUGCAGGCUGUAGUGAUUUCCAAAAUACUCACGCUGGUGGCAUGGCAGAUAUUCCCGGACCAGGGCACUACGUGUUGCCGUCCCCACCAUCAGGCCCAGAGGUGCGAUUUGGGGUCAGCGCUAGAACCACGGCUACGGGCGCUGUUUCGGGCUCCCACGCUUCUAACCCUAAUGACAAUGGUGUGGGUCCCGGCAUGUACAACGUGCAUACGCUAUCCGCUAGUCCUUCUUACUCCUUUUACCACUCUGAUCGAUCUCUGUCGAAUGAUGGUAAAAUGAAGGAAAAGGAAGCCGAUGGGGGUGUUGAAUCUUCGCCAGGACCGGGUUCUUACCAUUCACUUCAUGUGGAAAGUCAACUCCUCAAUCCAGGACUUUCCAUAUCAUUCCCUAAAGCACCCCGUAUGGAUUCCACAGAGAACCGCGAGGCUGCCGCCACACCAGGACCUGGGGAAUAUUACCGUCCACCGAUACUCGUGCAGGGCAACAGUGACACCUUAGCGUACUCUACCAUCGGCAAGUCUCAGACGUACCUCAAGAAUGUUGCUUUUUCACCAGGAUCAGCUACGCAAAGUUCGGGCGUAAACUAUGGUAAUAUGGGAGAAAUUAACAACAAGCCGUUCUUUGAUGCCGAUAGUAAACUACCGCUCAAGCGAGAUGUCAACACUGAAUUUGAACCCCAAUCCACGGAAGGCUUACAGGGUGGUAACACUGUUGAAGACAUUGCCAUCCAAAAUUUCAAGAAGACAGGGGGUGAACCUAACCCUAACGCAGGUAGCGAGACUGCAAAUGGUGUAAGAUCGGUGCGCCACGUACAUUUUGCUGAUGAAAAGGGCGACCAAAAGAGCGAAAAUCCAAUUCCAUCUUCUAACUUUAAUAACCCUUUUACAACUACGGCCGUUCAGAAUAGUGUGGAUUUGCGUGAAAUUUAUUUGGAAAAGCUCGCGAAAGCCGGAUACCCUGUAAAACGGAGACAACAAUAA